AUGAUCAAAGGCGUACGGUUUGGCACGCUGGGCUUCAGUACUGAACGGGUAGCGUUCUGCGGUUCAAGAGGCUUCUCGAGACAGCAACCAGAAAGGCCUCGUGUUGAACGGGCCGGUUUUGGAACCAGAUUUUUUUCUUAUGCGUUUUUGGGGCUGACUGGUGUAUAUUUCGCGGAUAACAAGUUUAACAACUCAGUGAUAACGAGGGCGACCAGAUCUGUUACUACAUUACUGUUGAUAUCCGCAGACUACAAAUGGAACUUCGAAGAGGGAAAAGAUAUCGAGGCUCUUCAUCAGAGAAACUCCAAGCGACUGUACGACAUGAUAGCGAGCAACAAGGGACUUUAUGUGAAAAUUGGACAGAUGAUCGCUAUUCAGGGAAGCAUGUUCCCAAUGGCCUACCAGGAGAAGUUCAAAAGGUUAUUUGACAAUGCUCCUGCAGACUCUUGGGCAACGGUGGAUUCGGUGUUAUCUGCAGAACUAGGGCGGGAUUACCGAACCAAGCAUUUUGAGUGGAUAGACGAGGCUCCAGUAGCAAGUGCAAGCAUUGCGCAAGUUCAUAAGGCGGUAUUAAAGAAUGGAGAGAAGGUGGCAGUGAAGGUUCAACACAAGUCGUUGGAGCAUCAGGUGCCCGUUGAUUUGGCUAUUUACCAGCAGGUGAUGGACUUUUACAGUUGGUUCUUCGAGAUGCAGAUAUCGUUUGUUACCCAGUAUAUCUGUGACACUAUGAAGGAGGAGACUGACUUCAACAUUGAGUACAGAAAUGGGGCUCUGCUGAAGUCAAAGAUUGACUCAGACCCAGAGUUCAGAAACAGGAUGUAUGUGCCGAAGGUGUAUCCAGAUUUGGUGACCAAAAAGGUUCUGGUAGCUGAGUGGAUUGAAGGCGAUAGUGUCUCUGAAAUGAAGCGUUUGAAAGUGAAAGGCUACAACAUUGCAGAGUUGUCUAAAGAUAUUGUCAAGCUUUAUGCCAGACAGGCAUUCGAGUGGGGAGACGUUCAUUCAGACCCUCACCCUGGAAAUUUCAUUGUGAGAAUGGUGAAGGACGGGAAUAAGACUCGCCAGCAAUUGGUUAUUCUCGAUCACGGACUGUAUGUCCAUCUCAGUGACAAAUUUAGGCGUGAGUAUUGCCAGUUGUUCAAGGCACUUUCUGAGGCGGAUACGGCCACCAUGAAGCAAUUAACGACCGAAUGGGGUAUAAGGCAAGGAGAUAUGUUUACAUCAAUGGCCACCAUGAGUACUGAGGGAAUGAAAGAUAUGAAAAAGAGGUUUGAGGAGAUGAGGACCAAGAGUGAUUACGAGAAACAGGUGAUGAUGAAGGAACAGAUGAAGAACUUUUUUGAUAGCACCGACAAGUUUCCUUUGGCCAUGGUGUUCUUGGGAAGAGGAAUGAGAAUAGUCCAAGGAAUUAACCAUCAGCUGGGUGCUCCAGUCAACAGAUUAGCCAUAUUGAGUGAUGAGGCUAGACGUUCGUUGCGUCUAUCGCCCUUGGUGCCUACAUUGGCAAAGUCCUCGAUCCUAUCCAGAACUUUCGCUCAGUCAGUGUACAGAUAUGCCAUCUUCUGCACUUUCAGAGUUGUUCUUACAUUGGCAUAUUGGACUUACAGGAUCAGGAGUAAUGUAUAUGCAUUCUUUGCGCCGCAUUCUAAGGGAGCAGGCGAAGACAUAGAGGAGGUUAUAGAUAAGCAGAUGGUUUAUGCUGCACAAACCAUGGGAAUGCAAGUGAAGACUGGCGACUAUGCCUAUUUAGGGUGA